AUGCCACCUACUGCCGUUACUCUCAAGCAUGCAUCGCAAGCAGUAAUCACCCAACAUUCUCAGACCAUUGCGCCAGUUUUAGUAACGAUUACUGGUAUUGUCAAGGAUGAGCGAUUUCAGGAAGCCCAAGUAUUGGCACAGUCGAUACUUGCAAAGUACCCAAGAUUAGUUACUCUGAAAAUAGAAGGCGAUGACCCAUUUGCAUACCAAGUCAAGCUGGCUCAAUUAAAAAAAAAAUAUUCUCGCGUUAUAGAUUCUCUAUAUCCAGGAUGUAUUAUUGAAGUGAGUUCUCAUGGUAUCAUGACUGUUGAAGAGUUUGUGACCAAAGCAAAAGACCAGUACGGAGUAGAAAUACUACAACCAGCAGCUGUUUACAAAACCAUGAGCGAUACUGCCCAUAAUGAAUUACUACGUUCCAAAAAGACCGAUAGUCGCCUCGUCAGUAUGCAGAUUAAAGUUUCUGGUGUAUCAGUUGGACAGAUUUUGAUACAACUUUUCCACACCGUCUGUCCCAAAACAGUUGCACACUUUUUGAACUUUGUAAAAACCCCUGCAAAGAGUGGUUUCACAUACAACGGAUGUAAAUUUGAUCGACUAGUUCAAAAUGGAUGGAUUGAAACCAGAGAUAUUGAGCCUCUACAUAAAUCAACCGAGGCAGAAGAGUGCAUCGCAGAUGAAAACUUUGUCAUCAAACACGAUCGUCGUGGUGUGGUAUCAAUGGUGAAUUCUGGUCCCAAUACCAAUCGAUCGGCGUUUAUGAUUACAUUCAAAGCGAUGCCGUUUUUUGACUACAAGUACGUAGCAAUCGGACAUUUAAUUGAUGGGGAUAAAGUGCUGGAUGCUUUGGAAAUAGUGCCUACGCUGUUUGAAAAACCAGAAGUGGACAUUGAGAUUGAAGGAUGUUGUUUGUUUGAGAAUUAG